ACUUUGUCUCCUAAUGCAGUGAAGAAUGUAUUCAGAACCCAUGUAAUACAGAGAGACUCGAUUCCACACAUUUACACCAGCCAGAGUUACUCCAGGGCCAGGGAGCAACGAGCUCAGACGCAGACUUGAGCUGAUCACGGCGGUAAGGGAGGGACAGAGAUGCACUGGGACACCUGCCAUGGUUCCCCCUUGUCCUGGUCCAGCCAGCCACGCUGCCUCCUCCCAGGACCCAGGUUCGUCCCUGCGAGUGCUGGGGUAUCAGCCUCCAUUGCCCAGCAGAUUCACACUUCACCCGCUGGGCCGCAGGACGUGCCCUCACCGGGAGCUGCUGGCUCAGGUUGACCGGAGUCCCACUUCCCCCGUCUCUGCGAGCUGCGCUCUCUACAACCAGCCCCUGAAUACAGUCCCUCUGGUGGAGCCGCGGGUUCAGGUCAUGGCGAGGCCCACACCUCCCGCCACAGGAAGUCGCUUUGUCUACCCCACGGCCAGGCCUGUGCCUGCAUUGUCCCAUGUGGAUCACAGCUGUACGCCUCCUCUCUCCACCAGCUGGGGCUUCUACUCCAGGGAUCAGAGCUUGUCCCUUCCCUGGGAGUCCAUGGAGCGAGCUAAGCAGAGCCCUACUCUGCCUGUGCCCAGAUGCUACGCAGUGUACUCCAUGGACAGGAGCUCAGUGCCUUACCGGGCCCCGGCUGGCCGGAGCCCUACUCCACCUCUGCCCAGGACUUACGCCAUUUACUCCCUCGAGCGGACCUUGUUCUCUCACUUGGACCCCUCGCUGCAGCCUGGGCUGGGAUCCUCUUCUGUCCCAGUCAGCUGUGCUGUUUAUUCCAUGGACAGCUCAUCUCCCAGCCCAGAACCGUUAGCUCAGCCUACUCCUGACUCCCCUCUAUUCCCACCGCUUCUGCUGGCAGUGUACUCUGUGGGCCAGAGGUGCUGUCCCCCUCACCUGGAGCUGCUCUCGCAGAUUGACCGCAGCUGCACUCCCCCAGUCUCAGCCAGCUGUGCUGUCUACUCUCGGGAUGCUCCACUCAACCCUUCGCCCGGAUGGCUCGCACCAAGCACUUAGCCCCAGGGGCCGAGCUGGCUAAUCGCUGGAGCAGCGACCCAUCAGGUCCUGUUCCUCCAACUCACCAGGCUUCCUGCCCUUCUGUCCUGACCUGGCCUAGGCUUCCCCUGGCAUUGUGGCACUGUGCACAGCCUGCAGUUCCCCGUCUCCUGGCACAACUCUCCUGCUUCAAUCUCAGCAGCUCAGAAUAAAG